AUGCACAGUACGUACCUUAUCGGCAAAACAUCACGUGUCGAUAAGCUGUCAGCCCUAAGCAGCGAGUGGAUGCGAAAAAUUGGUGUGCGGAUUGCCCUACUCCUCCAUCUGCCCAAACUCAUCUUGUCUCUACCGACCAACGACACCGCCGCCUCCUUGUCACGACACCUCUCCGGAGCAGGAUCAAUCAAGAUGGCGACCGAGUUGACUGUUCAGUCCGAGCGUGCUUUCCAGAAGCAGCCUCACAUCUUCCAGAACCCCAAGGUCAAGGCCAAGAGCACCAGACCUGGAAAGGGCGGCCGACGAUGGUACAAGGAUGUCGGUCUGGGUUUCCGUACUCCCAAGACGGCGAUCGAGGGCAGCUACAUCGAUAAGAAGUGCCCUUUCACCGGCCUCGUCUCGAUCCGCGGCCGUAUCCUGACCGGCACCGUCGUUUCCACCAAGAUGCACCGAACCGUCAUUAUCCGAAGAGAGUACCUGCACUUCAUCCCCAAAUACUCUCGUUACGAGAAGCGCCACAAGAACCUCGCCGCCCACGUUUCCCCCGCUUUCCGUGUUGAGGAGGGUGACCAGGUCACCGUUGGCCAGUGCCGGCCCCUGAGCAAGACGGUCCGAUUCAACGUCCUGCGUGUUCUCCCCCGAACCGGCAAGCAUGUUAAGAAAUUCAGCAAGUUCUAA